AUGGUGUCCCUUCUGCAGGAGACCCUUCACGAGCUCCACUGCCAAUCUCCUCCCCCCAGCAAAGACUUCCACCGCUUCGCCAUCACCAGCACAGAGGUUGAAAGCAUCUUUCCUGAGGAGGGGCAAGCAGCUUUUUGGGUGUCCCAGGGCAGGUGUGAGGAGGGCGUGGUGCUCAGGAUUUCUUUCCAACCUACUCAAGAGAAGGUUUUACCAAAGGAGGUGAAGAAACUCCAUGCAGAAUUUUUGCUGGAUCAGCAGUUGCAGAAGCUGGUGAAGAACGUUUUUGGCAACAGCACGCUGGAGUACACCAUUAAUUUAUGUCAGGGGCAUUAUGAUUUUCUCAUUCGAAUGCCCGAGAGCAUAAUUAUACACAUACUGUCAUUUCUAGAUGCUGGUGACCUUCAACAGCUGUCAAACACAUGCAAGAAGUUCCAGCAGAUGGCAGGUUUUGCCAUGUUAACAAUUCACACCUUUGGGCCAUUCAGGAUUAAUGCUGGAAAUAGAGGCCAGCAGAGGAACUGCCGGCAGCAGGAAGAGCAGUGCUGCCUCACCACGGCCACGGCCGGGGAGAUGAGCCACAGACCUCCACAGACUCUCUGA